AGGUUAGAGUGCACCCUCCAUUUUGAAAUCCAGAGAGCCGCUGUGUUUACUUUCUAACAGAAGUUACGACGGAAAAAAAAGUCAAAGUUGGCACUUAGCUGCUGGCUACUUUGAGAUUACGCAUCAGCUGGCUGUGGCUAUUCUUUGAUGAAAUAGUGUGCUAUGGAGUGAUUAUGUUACUGGAUUCGAUCGUCUGGACCUUUAUCAAUGUACCAACACCGUUUUUGUUGGAAUGUUAUCGAUCUGUGGAUUAAUAUCCUGCUUCUUAGUUGAGUGACGUCGACUGUCUUAAUAUUUUUUUUUGUGAGUAACCCUGGCCUUGUUUUUCUGAGUGUCCCACGCUGAGCCCUCCAGAUUGUACAGUCCAACAACAACUGUCCUUGGCAUAUAAAGGUCCAUCACACAGUCAGCCCAUCCCAGUUUCUUCACACUCUUUUUUCUGAAAAGGCUCUUGAGGAGAUCUCAGAGAGAAGAGCUUUGGAAGAGGAGGAUUUUUUGUUUCUCUUUAACCCCGGCCAUGUCUCUGGGAGGUGAUGUGUGCGUGGUGACGGGAGCCUGUGGAUUCCUGGGAAGGAGGCUGGUGAAGCUGCUGCUGGAGGAAGAGACGAUGGCUGAGAUUCGGAUGUUGGACAAACACGUACAACCUGGAGUUUUACAGACUCUGGAAGAUUGUAGAGGCAGCACACUUCUGAGUGUGUUCGAGGGAGACAUCAGGGACAGUGACUUUGUGAGGAAAGCCUGUCGAGGUGCGUCAGUCAUCUUCCACACGGCCUCCAUCAUCGACAUCAAUGGAUCGGUGGAGUACAGUGAACUGUAUGGCGUCAAUGUCAAAGGAACGCAGGUUCUUCUGGAGGCAUGUGUUCAGGAGAACGUGGUGUCCUUAAUCUACACCAGCUCCAUCGAGGUGAUGGGACCAAACCCCAAAGGUGAACCCAUAAUCAACGGCAGCGAGGACACCAUUUAUGACUGUACCUUGAGGUUCUCCUACAGCAAGACCAAAAAAGAGGCAGAGCAGAGAACCCUGCUGGCCCACGGAGAGGUGCUUCAGAACGGAGGCCGACUGGCCACCUGUGCCCUCAGACCUAUGUACAUCUUCGGCGAAGGGUGUCGCUUCCUGCUGGGCCACAUGGACGACGGGAUACGAAACAAAGACGUUCUGUUGAGAAUGUCUCUGCCAGAGGCUCGAGUGAAUCCUGUCUACGUGGGAAACGUAGCCACGGCUCAUCUUCAAGCAGCUCGCGGCCUCAAAGAUCCACAAAAGAGAAAUGUGAUAGGAGGAAAUUUUUUCUUCAUUUCUGAUGACACGCCGCCGGUGAGCUACUCCGACUUCAACCACGUCCUGAUGGCGCCUCUGGGCUUCAACAUUCAAGAGAAACUCCGGCUGCCGCUCCUCCUCCUCUACGCGCUCUGUUUCAUUUUGGAGAUCCUGUGCACGAUGAUCCGACCUCUCAUACGUGUCGCCCUGCCACUGAACCGGCAGCUCCUCACCAUGUUGAACACGCCGUUCACCUUCUCCUAUCAGAAAGCCAAGAGGGAUCUAGGAUAUGAGCCCAAGUACAGCUGGGAGGAAGCACGCAAACACACCAUUGAAUGGCUCGCCUCAGAGCUUCCUAAAGAGAGGGAACGAAUUACAGCAAAAUGAUUAAAAGUUAUCAACUGUCUCUCCUCAAAUAGUUUGCAUUUUUUCCCCUCAACUUAACCAAAGUAAUUGUGUUCCUUAAACACAGCCCUGGCCCUGGGUAUUAAUGCGUUAAUGAAUGUGCAGCUUUAUUCAUUUAAUAAAUGUCCCACUUCCCACUUGGAGUCAGGGUUGAUUUAACAUGUGUGUUAUGUCUAUGUUAUUUUUUAUUAUCAGUAAAAUACAAUACAUAGCAAUACAUAUAUAAUUGUAUAUGCCUUUCAAAUUAGCUCCAAUCUGGUGACUUGGAAAAUAUCCAUCAUGAUUCAUGCAUUUGUUCUCUCUGACAGUUGAACACUUCACAUUCACACAGGAAGAAUAAGCUGAUUAUUAUCAAACCAAUAAGCUGAGAAGGAAACGUGCAGCAGCAUCGCUCAGUGGUUUUUCUUUUUAGCACCUGCAUGUUUUUGCUUCUAAGCACAUUGUUCUCUUCUUUUCUGCCCUUUUCUCAGACCCAACUGACACAUAUCAUAAUAAAACCAAAUUCAUCACU